UCGCCGGUCUCUUGUUUCAGUCGGAGUGUAUUUUGACGCAGCACAGAUGGUUACACACGCUUGCCAACGACAGAUCGUACGAUGGAUGUGGAAAUGGAGUGUUUGUCCUGUGAACGCAAGUGGAGGUCAUAUGUCCUACUCUACACGACAGGAGUCUUAUCAAACGAGACCAUCCCAAGCGGAUCAGGUCACACAGCCGCCUGGGGUCAAGCUGACUGUUAACUCUCUGCUCGAAAUGGGCUUUUCAGAAAUUCAAGCUGAGGAGAUGCAUGAAAGCGUUUUGAAGAGCCGUGGGAAACAUGUGCCAUCGAUCCUGACAGCAUUGUUAGUCUUGGGCCUAAAUCCCUCCAGCAUCCUCAAAAUAAUGCAGAAAUGUCCAGAGGUGCAUUCACUUAAAGGUGAAGAAAUACAGCAGCGCGUCAAUCAUCUCAGGAAAAUGGGAUUGGUAGAAGGCAGUCUGCAAAGGGUGAUCAGCCACUACCCCAAGAUCAUGGCCCUGCCAAUUAAGAGGGUCAACAUGGUGUCCCGAUUGCUCAGAGAGAAGUGCCAGUUCACCGUCCAGCAGGUCACAGACAUCCUCAGAGACUCACCUGAGGUUGUGGAGGAAGAUUUGGCACAGUUGGAGUACAAAUUUCAGUAUGCAUAUUUCCGCAUGGGUGUGCGGCAGGCGGAGAUGGUCAAAGCCAAGCUCUUUCGUUUGACGCUGUCCGAGCUGCGGUGUCGUCACUGUUUCCUGGAGCGGCGAGGAAUGUACCAGACGCCAGACAAGAAGGGCCAAACGCUCAUCCUUAACCCAUCGCUUAAAGACUUCCUCUGCGUCUCCGAGGAAACCUACCUGACGCAGGUCGCCAAGGCAACCGCAGAAGAGUUCCACGUGUUCUGUAAGCUCAUGGAAAGAGAACAGGAAGAGGAGUUUAUCAAUGAUGAGGUAGAUGGGUUAAGUGAGGACGAUGACGACGAUGAGGAUAAUGAUGAUGAUGAUGAAAAACACAAAAGGAGUCAUAACUGGAGAACUGGCUACAAAAGGGACAAAAAAUAGAGACAUAC